CUCACUCUUGCAAAUUCUGUUAAUUCUGUUAAGACUUUAGAUGUUUUGUACGUAAAUAAAAUAUGGAUUCCUAAAGUGACUAGUAGCAGGUUCAUCGACUGUUAUAUUGGAUCAUUAUGAGACACCUAUAAAGUCAGGUUAAGGUAAGUUUUAGGUGAAAUUGAGUCACACACACACUGAAAAAACUGAUUUAAAGAAAGAAAGUUGUGAUUUACUGAUAGAAUAGCUAUUUUAAGCUGCUUGUGAUUCUCAGGUUAAAACCUUUAGAUUUAAAUGAAAUAAUUUUAGCAAAAUUUUAGCAAUAAGUCACCUAUAACAAAUUUUAUUGUAGAUUGCAAAACAUUUAAAGCGAUAGUUUGCUUUCUAGGGAAUUUGCAUUAUUUUGCCAACUUACCCAGAAGUUUUAAUAUGCUAAAGGGAUGCAUUCAGGAUGCAAAGUAUUUACUCUGCAAUCACUAGAAGCUGUGUUUAUGUUGUUGUUUGUUGUUUAUUUUAAAAGGUAGGUUCAACAUAUCCUGAGAUGGCCGUCGGCAUGAAACAGAGUUGGCGUGGCAACAGCCCUUUCAGAAUCCUCAGUGGUGGCGAGCGUAAUGUGCUGGCACUGAAUGUGCUGUUGCUGGGCGACAGGCAGAGUGGGAGGAGCUCUGUGGGGAAUGCUCUGAUUGGUGGAGAGGAAUUCCAAACAGGCCUCUGCAUUUCUGGCCUUUCUGUAACGAAGGACUUCCAGCUCCUCAGCCGAAAUUUCCAGAAGUAUUUCAGAAGGCAGGGGGCGGAGUCUGACCUCAUGCUGAGAGUGAUUGACACGCCGCCUCUGUUGCCCCGCCCACAGGACGUGCACAAACUCUGCCCCGAGGGCGUGCACGUGCUUGUGCUGGUUGUGAGAGCUGACCUGCCGCACGGCACCAAACACCUGGAGGAUCACAUGGAGACUCUCUUCGGUCCAGAAUGGCGGCGUCACGCUUUACUUGUUCUCACGCACGCUGACCACCUGAAGGAGGCGGGGCUUCGCGCUCCAGUUUUCCUAACACAGACUAGUGAUUGGCUGAGGGCUCUGGCUGAAGAUGUGGAAGGAGGAGUCUCGUUCUUGGACAAUACCUGUGAUUGGCCGUCAAUCAGAGGACGACCGUUGAGAGACCGACUGCUCGGCCUGUCAGCCAGGAACCAUCACAGAGCUCUGACAGUCAGGACAGAGGUCUCACUCUGACUGUUUAAACAGGAACUACACACAUUUGUUUUGCUCAUGUUGGUAUUUAAUGAUUAUCCCAACAAAACUCAAACAAUAUGAAAAGCACAACUCUGGCCAACUGUCUCACACAUGUAGCUUCUGGUUGCUUCAGCAUUAGCAAACCUGAUAAGUGGGCCACCAAAAGACGAUGCUGUACAUGAACAAGAUUUAUUCCUCUUCAGUGGCAGUAAACACAACACAUAGGGCCGGAUUUACUAUAACCCUGAAUAAACAGUACUAAAUUGCGUGUGCAUUCUCAAAUAUUGCACAUGUAUGUUUUCCGCCGUAGAGAGUCGGGAGUAAAAGCAGCCACUGCAUAAAAACUUGGUUUGUUUCAUUCAGUGCGCCCCGAGUAUGUGGAAAUCGUAUGUACCUGCCCAUCCUGCCUGAAAUUGCACUAAGUACUACUUGGAGCAGCACACCUGAAAAACUGUUUUGGGAAAUCCCAGCAGAAACAGCUACAGUACGCUGGAAUGACCCAGACACGAGGAAAUGCCAGCAGAUUGAGCUUCAUCCAUCCAGAGGGAACAAUCACAGACCGUCCGCACCAUGCCCGGUCGCUCCACAAUCUCCUCUCCCUGUACACCUCGACGCCCCAUUCCCUCUCUGAUACCGACGAUGGGUUGUGUUGCUAUUAUGAACACCUUGCUGUGAACAGUUGGUGAUUGUUCCCUUUGGCUGGAUGAAUUUUACGCGUGAUCCAUGCACUACUGCAGCUGGGGGCUCUCUGCAGCACCACGCAACUUUCUAAAUUCUUCCAUCUCACUGAGA